CUGUCUUCGUUCUCAACGGAGAUUCAAACCCCCAACCCUCAUCCUAGGUAUAUAUCUGCUGGUCGGUUCUUACCUAUUCUAUCUGGACUGUGCUUGCUGUGCUUGCUGUGCUGUGCUGUGCUGUACGGAAGCAAAGAAGCAAGUACCCCGUGCACGUUAUACGUUAUUCUGUUCCGACUGACUGGAGCCAAAAAUGAAAACAAUCAUCACAAGAACAAUAAUAAGAACGAUUCAUUGCAUUUCAUAACAAGACCCCUUUGCACCUACAUGUCUACAUACAUACCCCCCUCAUCAGCCUCCCUCCUACCAGAUUCCUACUAGGGACCCUACCUUACCAGCCCAGCCUACCCAAUGGAAAAUUGGAGAAUUUGAUCUUUUCAACUGGAACCUCUCUUCCCUCGAAUGAAAAGGUUAGCCUUCACCAUUUGACGACAACCGCUACAGGUACUUAUCUACUUGCCUACUUGCCUACUUGCCUUACCCACCGACUCACCUACCUAACACAAGUCAAUGGUUUCGUUCUCGGAUACUCCAUAUCGUAUUAUCUCUCAAAGCAUCAAUAUCCCUUCACAUGACAUUUCUUUCUCAUCGACUUUGAGAUAGCAUAUUAUAUAUUCCAAAUAGUAUUCGCUGGUGUGAACUCGAAAUCGAACUCCCUACCGACCUACCUAUCUCCUCCUCCUCAUCACAUCAACUCAAAUCCACACAAAUUUACAAAUUCACAUAUUCAACAAAUUCUCAUUCCUCGGAUCCUUUCCGAACCAAUAACUUUUUUUUCCUAUCAUUUUAAUCAACUUCCCCCCCUUGAUUCACUCGUCACCGAUCUCCCGUCCCUUUCAAUACCCGGCCAAUACUUAAUAUUCACCAAAUUUUAAUUCUUUACUUUAGUUUUCAGCUUUCUUAGCUGUUCAUAAAGCGCCUUUCUCUUUCACGGUGACGCAGCAACUUCUGGGUAGGCUAGCUGCCUGCCUUAGAAGAGCUGCAGUCAUUUUACAACUUUAGGUUCUGGCGACGUGAAGAAGAAGAUGGCUUUGAUAUUGCCCAAGGGCAUUGUGGUCAAUUCUCCUCAGAUUGGAAGCACCAUUGAGAGAAUCAAGAAUGAUCCUUUGGAUCUUGCAGACAUUGCCAGAUUUUGGAAAGUCUAUACCACAACAAAACGAAGACUUCUCGACCCUACAGCUGAGCGUCUGGAGAAUUAUUGGUGGCGAAUCUGGGGGAGUCGAAGUCGAGAGUUGGAUGCUUCAACUGUUGCUCGACUCUUCGUACAUAUCUCAGAGGGUGACACUUUUGUGCCACUCAGAGGACCAGCCAAUCGUUAUGAAAAUGAAAAGCCAAUGAAUAAUGUAGCCUGUAUUGGAAAGACUGCCUCGACUACUUCUGUUGCUCGUGUUCGCAACGACAGCCGAUCAAGUACAACGCUGACAUCAGUCACCCGGACACCUGCUCCUAUGCCGCCUCCAAUAUUAAAAAAGACUCGAGGUCCUUCUGCAAACGGUCCUCGACCGACUGCACGAUUCAUAUCCCCGCCAGCUUCAGAAGACGAGUCUGGUAGCACAAGCACAAACAAGAACGUUGUACAAUCACCUUCGCCAAUCCUUGAGCAUACGGCUACUGUCGAGGAGAAGAUCGAGAAGGAGAAGAUUGACAGAAAGUUAAUGCCUGCACCGGCAAGUAAGAAAUUUGUUGCUUCGGCUUCCAAGAAGAAGAGACCAAUUGUUGUCAGGCGACAGAGUUCGCAAACUUCACAGUCUUCAAAUGAUAGCUCGGCGAGGGUUGCAGGUGGACAAGGACAACAGAAUAGAACUAUGGGAAGGCUGCCGACGUUAUCCGUACUGCCAGUCAGAAAUCAGAACACGCAAGAAAACGUUGCACCGCGAACCACAACCUCGCCGACCAAGCGGAAUCCCUCCAGAUCGGCCGCUCCAACUGUGGGAGGUUCGCGCAAACUUGCAAGCACUCGUGAGGAGAGUAUUGAGAUUGCGCCCACUCAGCCUGAGCCUUCCAACAACCUUCAGGCACUAGCAAGCAACCAAGUUUCAGUACCUCAAGUCAGUGAGGCUGAGUUCAAGGUACAAAGAAUGCUUCACGACAAUGUUAAAACAGUCAGCAUGUUACCACCUGAAACUUCAAGUCCGGAUUCUCCGGCAUCGACCACGUCUAAGGAUUCGAGCAAUGGUAAACCCCCUGGAUAUAGGAAAGCGAGUGGGAAAAAUCUUUUGCAAUGCCAGUCUAAAGGCAUGGUCAGCUCGGCGCCAACAUUGACUGAUGCAAUUGGUCACCUCGAUCUAGGAAAUGGUAACCAACUUGCAGCAGUACCCGCGUCGCCAGAAAGACCAAGCAAAGGCAAAGCUCGAGCUCUGAUGAAAGAUCUCUUUACCAAGAAAUCAUCUUCACAAGCGGCUCCUUCUAGUCCUAUAUCGGGAAGCUUAGCAUCAAGCCCUUCAGGACCCUUGAGUAAAAGCAAGUCGCAACUUUCGCUUCUGCUCGAACGAGAUCAAGCUAGGAGUUUGGAACCUAGGACAUUACCGAAACAUGAGCGGAAACAGUCCAUGAAUUAAUUUGCGUGCGAUAUACGAGAGAUUAACGCAUAGUUUGUACAUAUAUAUGAUCGAUUGGGAGGAGCAUAAUAUGCACGAUUAACAAAAGUGUUUCCAAGGCGCAUCGUUUCUAUCACUGCAUCAGAGGCGCGUUUCUGGAACAGGAUUGCUAUUGGUGUCAUGGAUAUUGGGAGUUAAUAGGUUGCACAUCUGGCUACGGAGUUUUUGGGAAUGAUUGCAUCUGGGAAUGGAGCUUUUGAAAUAUCUCUAGAAGGCCUUAUUAUCAUGAUUAGCGAGGAAGAUCAGCACCCCCAUGAUAUACAUGCAAUACAAGUAAUUGAUAAGGGCUGGCUGGUAAGCUUGUGCAUGGUUGUAAAAAAAAAAAAAAAUGUAAAAAAAAGGUAAAGCGUAAAUCAUCUGGACACGAACUAUCUAA